AAUAUGAUGCAACAAAGUUAUUGACUGAAAUUAUAAGUUGAUUAAUAGUUAAGGGACUAUAUCUGUAACAUACUGCCUUUUUUUUCUUUGCAACUUCGAACUUGGAAGGGGGAGAUGACAAGACGCAAUGGCCAAUGUUGUCAAUAACUUAUUGAUAUCGGGAAUUUCUUGGUGGGGUUGAAUUUCGAAAUCCCGCCAAGUUAACCCCAUUAUUUGAAUUCGUUUUCGAUUCUCAACUUCAUUCGUAAAAGAUUUGGGAUUUAGGGUUUGAUCGAAGAUGAACGUUGGCGAUCUUCACAAGGUCUGGGAAAUCAGAACAUUGAAGAAGAAAGUUGGAGGAGAUGAAGCCAGGAAAUUCCUUGAGAAAAUCGCCAAACAGGUCCAACCCAUCAUGCGCAAGCAUAAAUGGAGGGUCAAAGUUCUAUCCGAAAUGUGUCCGAAAAACCCUCGUCUUUUGGGUUUGAAUGUGGGACAUGGUCUUCAUGUGAAGUUGAGGCUUCGGAGACCGAAUACGGAUUGGGAUUUUUACCCUUUUGAUGAAGUUCUUGAUACAAUGUUGCAUGAGUUGUGUCAUAAUGCUAUUGGUCCUCAUAAUGUUAGUUUUUACAAGCUCUGGGAUGAUCUCAGGAAGGAAUGUGAGGAGUUGAUGAGCAAAGGGAUUUCCGGGUCAGGUGACGGGUUUGAUCUUCCAGGUAGACGCUUAGGUGGCAGUUCUCGUCAACCUCCUCUUUCGUCUCUCCGCCAGACUGCACUUGCAGCUGCACAAAAUAGGGCUCGCCAGGGAUCUCUUUUACCACCGGGACCUAAUCGGCUUGGUGGCGAUAAGUCUAUUAUGUCUGCCCUAACUCCUGUACAAGCAGCAGCAAUGGCUGCCGAAAGGAGGUUUCGAGAUGACAUAUGGUGUGGUCUAGAAGAGAUAGUAGACGAAGAUGAAACAGGCAAUGGUGGUAGCGGUGGUGGCCCACAGGAUAAAACGGUUCAAGAUAUAAAAACUUUGGUUAUGAAUGCAAAAGCUCAGAAAAGGGUUCAUCGAUCAGAUAAUGCUCAUUUAGAGUCGCAUAUUGUUGACUUGACAGAUGUUGCAUCGGUAUCCAAUUCAGCAGUUGCUAAUGACACGUCAGCUAACAAAAAAAGUCGCCAAACGGGAAGUUUUAUUGAUUUAACAAGUGAUGCUUCCACUAGUGGAUCUUCAAGUGAUCAAAAAACAGGAUGCAACGUUGAGUUGAAUGGGUGGGAGUGUAUGAUGUGCACGUUGUUGAAUCCGCCUUUAGCUCCAAUCUGCGAGCUCUGUGGGACCCACAAACCGAAAGAAAAGGAAGACAAGUAUAAGGCAUGGUCGUGUAAAUUUUGUACGCUUGAAAACGAUGUGAAGAUGGAGAAAUGUGGAGCGUGUGGACAGUGGAGAUAUUCUUAUGGUCAACCCAUAGCAACCCCAUCCCCAAAUGUUGGUACUUGAGAACGUCAUGAACUUGAAGAACUGCUUUAACAGAGUACUCUUUUCGGUUUGGAUUUGAUUUGACGGUUUUUACAGGGGAUUUUGGUUAUUCAAAGUGAUUCUGUUGCAUAUAUUAUUGGUAUAUAAACCUGCUGGUUGAUGUGAUUGUUUUCCUUCUAGUUUGUUGAAAAACAGUCAUUUUUGGGAAUUUAAAGUUUCAAAGUUUGUGCUUGACAACACUA